UAAUUUAAAAGUGAGUAUUAAAUAAGAUAGUACAAUGCUCAGCACCUUCCUUCCCUUCUUCAUUCCCUUCAACAAGUGUUUACUGAGCACCUACUGUGUGCUGGGCCCUGAGCCUGGCACUGAGGCUACAACAGGGAACAUCACACCUGCAUCCACAGGGUUCAUACAUUCCAGCAGAAGGUGGGCUUUAAGGAGUACCACACGAAGUAUAGAAGGUGUGAAUUGGGCCAUGGGAGAGGAAAGGGAUAAAGUCCUGAGAAGUUGGACACCAGGACACUGGAGGCUGAGGGGCCCCAGAGCCCUCUGUGAAGGCAGGGACGUUUAAGCCGAGUCCAGGAGGGUGAGGAGAGGGCAGCUGUGGAGGAGCUCAGGGAAGCACCUUCAUGCAGAGGAGCAGCAUCUGCGAAGGUCCAGUAACUUGGCGUAUUAGAGAAAUGAGACGCCUGGCAUGGCUUUUCCCAUAAAAGGCCAGGUAGUCAAUAUUCUGGGCUUUGCAGGUCAUACAGUCUCAGUUGCCACUAUUCAACACUGCCACUGUGGCACCAAUGUGGCCACAGACAGAUCCAUGAAUGGGCGUGGCUGUGGUCCCAUAACUCCGUAUUAACAAAAAGAAGGCAGCUGGCCAGGUGUGGCCCAUGGGCCAUCGUUUGCUGACCUCUAGGCUGGAGGACAGUGAGUGAGGAGCAGAAUGGCAGGCAUCUCAUUCCAUCUUCCUGACUCCCCUCCAAAUAGAAUGACUGUCUCCUUCGUCUGCAUAUAAUACCGUAUUCAUGCAACCACUUGAGUACCUUCUGUAAACGUAACUGCUGCUUGUCUUUCUUUCUCCUUAAUGGGGAGCUUUUCAAGGGCAGGAACUGCUGCUUACUCAUCAUUUUAUCUCCAACAUCCAAGUGAUUAAGAAAUGUUUGUUGAAUGAAUAAAUGAACAUAUGCAUGUUAGAAUUAUAAGAUGACAGCGCUGAAUUUGACUUUGAAGAGACUGCUUCAACUCUCUUAUUUUAACACAGGGGAAACUAAGACCCAGAAAAGGGGUGAUAAAUUGGUUUAUUUCCCCCAAUUUGUCACUCCCCUGUAAUUGUGACUUUGCAGGACCUCUCACUGUGGACAGAGAAUACUUUGUGUUCCAUUGAUAUUAUACUUGGCCAUGUGGCUUGUUUUGUCUAUUGGAAUGAUAGCUUGAAAUGGCUUUGUGUGGCUUGCCUUAUGAGACAGACCAUGAGGAGAGCCAUUUACUCUUCAUCCUGGGCCCCAGAAUGGAGUCAUGGGGAGCAGUCCUGAGCCCAAGUGGAAGCCUAGAGUCCAUCCUGGCUUAGCCUAAAUCAGCUGAAUUAACCCCAACUGCAGAUCCAUGAAUGAGAAAAUAAAUGGUUGAUAUUCAAUGCACAGUAUAUCCAAUAAGUAGUUCUGGACUCAUCUAUUUUUACAGUUAUAUCAUAGACUUGCUCUCCGGCACUGGUUUCUUGGAAGAGACCUGCCUCUUUUAUGGACAUUACACCAUUGACGGGGUGAAAUUUCAGAAUUUCACCUAUGAUUUGCCUCUGGCUUAUUUGUUAAGCACAAUUGCCUACCUGGCCCUGAGCCUUCUUUGGAUAGUGAAAAGGUCGGUGGAAGGGUUCAAAGUCAACCUGAUCCGGAGUGAGGAGCACUUCCAGAGUUACUGCAACAAGAUCUUUGCUGGCUGGGACUUCUGCAUCACCAACCAAAGCAUGGCGGACCUCAAGCACAGCAGCCUGCGGUACGAGCUCCGAGCAGAUCUGGAGGAAGAACGAAUACGGCAGAAAAUAGCAGAAAGGACCUCUGAAGAAACGAUACGGAUUUACUCUUUGAGGCUGUUUUUGAACUGUAUUGUUCUGGCUGUUUUAGCGGCAUGCUUUUAUGCAAUCUAUAGAGCAACUAUAUUCUCACAAGAACACAUGAAAAAAGAAAUCGACAAGAUGAUUUUUGGAGAGAACCUCUUGAUAUUGUACCUGCCUUCUAUUGUGAUCACUCUGGCCAAUUUUAUCACCCCAGUGAUCUUCGCCAGGAUCAUCCACUAUGAGGAUUAUUCCCCAGGCUUUGAGAUCAGGCUGACAAUCCUUAGGUGUGUCUUCAUGCGGCUGGCGACCAUCUGUGUGCUGGUGUUCACCCUGGGCUCCAAGAUUACAUCCUGUGAUAACUACUCGUGUGAGCUCUGUGGCUACAACCAGAAACUCUACCUGUGCUGGGAGACCCAAGUUGGGCAGGAAAUGUACAAGCUGAUGAUAUUCGAUUUCAUCAUCAUCUUGGCUGUGACCCUUUUUGUGGAUUUUCCCAGAAAGCUCCUGGUGACGUACUGUUCCUCUUGGAAGCUGAUGCAGUGCUGGGGGCAGCAGGAAUUUGCCAUUCCUGAUAAUGUCCUGGGGAUCGUGUAUGGGCAAACCAUUUGCUGGAUCGGAGCCUUUUUCUCACCCCUUCUCCCUGCCAUUGCAACCGUGAAAUUCAUCAUCAUCUUCUACGUGAAAGAGAUGAGCCUUCUUCAUACCUGCAGACCCUCCCCAAGGCAGUUCAGAGCAUCCAAUUCUAAUUUCUUCUUCCUGCUGGUGUUGUUGAUCGGCCUGUGCUUGGCAGUAAUACCGCUGACAAUCAGCAUGGCACACAUCCCUUCCUCGAAAGCCUGUGGGCCCUUCACCAACUCCAACACCACCUGGGAGGUGGUCCCCAAGACGGUGAGCACCUUCCCCAGCUCGCUGCAGUCCCUGGUCCACGGCAUCACGUCGGAAGCCUUUGCAGUGCCUUUCUUCAUGAUCAUCUGCCUCGUUAUGUUUUAUUUCAUUGCCCUGGCCGGAGCACACAAGCGGGUGGUCGUCCAGCUCCGAGAGCAACUGUCCCUGGAAAGUCGUGACAAGCGUUACCUAAUCCAGAAACUAACAGAAGCCCAGAGGGAUAUGAGGAACUGACGAGACGGAUGAGAAGAUGCUGCUGCAUGUUCAUAAGCUGGCUUGGCGACCUGCUGAGCCUGCAGAGGUGCGGCUGGCUUUGCAGCGGAUUUUUUAAGGAGUAUUUUUCUGGAGACCAGGCCUUUCCUGAAGGUGGCCUCAUGCGUGCAGCUGUGGUGGCCAUGUUUCCGUGACCCGGCUCCUACUGAGGGCUUUAGAGACGUAGAAAAGCAGGUUCCAAACCAAGUCUUGCCUGUUGACCAGCCACUCGGUGACUGAUGUAUGCAGCCUUCAAGCUUUUACACCAAAAAUGGGGGAGGAGAGACCUUACAUAUUUUUAAGGGCUUCUUGGUCUUGUCUUUUACAGUUAACUGUAGGGUCAUCUGUUCAUGAGGCUGGGGUCAUUCUUUUAAACCAGGUUCUGAGGGUUUACACUGAGAAGUGUUCCUUAAGAAGUAGUGACCCUUCUGGACGGUUCUGUGGACUUAAAAUGAAACCUGAUUUUUUUUUUUUUUUUUAAUGAAGAGAAAGCCUUGAAUCAUGAUUUGGGAACAAGUGGUGGGAACCCGGGGAGGACGGCUGUGUAAUUUCAGCCACACGGGGUAGUGAUGUGAGGAACGCCGGUCCUGCUGUGUGAGGCACAGCCUCUGGAUGUACCGAGGAAGCCUUCGGAGGGGAUUGCUGCAGGCGGCAGUGAUUUCCUAGCUGCGGCCUUAUUACUCAGGGGACGGUGGCUCUACGGGGCUGGAUAUCCACAAGCCCUCGGUUCCCUUCCAGUCUUGAAUUUGGGGACUUGGGAGAGGGCCCUGUGCCAUCAAAAUGAAGAGGGAGACAAAGGGUACCUCUCCGUCUUCCAAGUGCCACUUCCCUUCCUGCACUGAGGUCUCUAUUUCUGAAGGACACUGUCCAUUUCAGAGCCAGGCUGGAAAGACUGUUGAGUAUUUAUUUGAGUUGUGGGUUUAUGGGCAGAAGUGUUUUGGGGGAUAUGAGUUGCAGCUCUGCCUGUUAAUCAGACCAGCCUAGUAGCCAGUGUAGCAAAUCAGACAAUAUUGUGUUCUUGAAUACAUAUAUCCAAAUCGUUCAGGGCUACUGUUGGUUUUCUUGUGCUUAAAAUUUUAAACACAAGUGCCUUUAUGUUACAAAACAUGCAGAGUACCUCUGAAGGUAAUUUCAAUUACAGUAAAAACUGUAUGCAAUCAAUACCUCAGCAUAAGCUUUCCGAAAUGGAUAGGUCUGAACUUUUUAACAUAAGCCUAAGUUAUUGUUUAAUGUGAUAACGGUUUCAUUUUUACAUCUUCAGGUCAUUUGUUUUGUAACGUACUGUUUGAGGCAGCCUGCCUUUUACUGACUAAACCUUCUCCUGGGGGGUAGCUGGAAUUUCACCUUGGAUGCAGGUUUCAGAAAGCUGCUGCUGUUAAGAAUAUUUCCCACCCUCCUCCACCCCUCAUUAGAAAAAAACGACUGCUCUGAGAAGCAAAGCCAGCUGACUGUGGCUUGCACAUUGCGGUAUACUUGUCUCUUUGCCCCAGGUCAGUUACUUGCCUUCCACAAAGUGAGCAGUAACAUGGGAUAUUUUUGUACCUGUGACACCAAUGAGGCUUUCAAGCUUUUUCUCUCUUGUUAAGGUUUACGAUUUUCUAAGUCUAAAAACCAAUAUCAUGGAAUUUUGAGUAAACAAAAGUUCAUGCAACCCUCACUUUUAAAAAAUUCCAAUUUGGGGCAUUGCUACCUAGAGUAUUUAUAUAUAUAUAAUGUUCUCACCUUUACCAUACUUCUGAGGAGAGCCAAGUUUUCUGUGUGUGUGUGUGUGUCUGUGUGUGUGUGUGUGUGUGUGAGAGAGAGAGAGAGAGAGAGAGAGAGAGAAGAAAGAGAUGGAAGCUGUUUUCUUUCCCUAUUAUAAAAAUGAUACUGAAAUAUGCUAAUAUAUUUGUUUUAAAUGCUAAUUUACAUACCUCUUGAAUGUUUUGAUAUAUGUAUUUUGAUAACUUUAAUAACUUUAAGCGAUGUCUGUAUAAUUGUUCAAGUGCAGCUCUCACUAACAAAUGUGCAUGAAAACUACUGAUUAAACACUCUUGAAGGUU